AUGUACAUGGCACGUUUUGCAAUGGGAGAGGUUCAUUUACGUUAUAGGGGGCUCCUUUACAUCGCCAACGAAUCAGCUCUCCGAUUCGCCUGGUCCCCCAGCAUCAUUGGUCUAGUGGUAGAAUUCGUCGUUGCCAUCGACGAGGCCCGUGUUCGAUUCACGGAUGAUGCACUUCUCUUUUUGAAUUUUUCUUGCAUCGUUGUGGAGCAAAAGUAA